CUGAUUCUGAUUUCGUUUUUGCCACCUGGAUUUCUCUGCUCUCCCCACAUCGGUUAUUCUCUUGACUUCUGAUUUCUGGACAUCGACCUUGCUUCUGCCUCCUGACUACCACCCUCUGCCUAACCCCUGGAUCCAUCUGCCUGAAUCUGGUUCCCCCUUAAUGAUUUUGCUUCUGUGCUCUGACCAACGAUUCAAGCCUCUCCCUCGGAUCCUGUCGCCGUAUUCUGUCCUCUCGGCUCUGACCUUGUUUCUGUCUCCUGACCACCGCAUUCUGCAUAUUCACUGGGUUUGCAAAACUGAUGACCCGUGACGCAAGCCUGCUGUCACCAGACGACCACACUGAGGAGCCGAAAUUCAGUUUCCUGAGUCUCCCAUGGAUUCUGAAAACUACGAUCGCAGCAGCACCUACAAUGUGUUUGUUGGCAAAAAGCAGCUGAUUGAAGGGAUGGACAAAGCUCUGGUGGGGAUGUGUGUCAAUGAGAGGAGCCUGAUCAAGAUCCCUCCUCAUCUCGCCUAUGGAAAACAAGGAUACGGCGACAUCAUCCCUCCGGACUCCAUCCUCCACUUUGAUGUUCUACUGCUGGACGUGUGGAACCCCGACGAUGACGUCCAGAUCAACACCUUCUACACUCCUCCCACCUGCUCCAGAAAGGUGGAGGUUUCUGACUUUGUGCGUUAUCACUACAACGGCACCCUGCUGGAUGGGACCCUGUUUGACUCCAGCCACACUCGCAUGCGUACCUAUGACACGUAUGUUGGGAUCGGGUGGCUGAUUGCCGGCAUGGAUCAGGGACUUCUGGGAAUGUGUGUUGGAGAGCGGCGGAUCAUCACGAUGCCUCCGUCACUUGGUUACGGAGAGAAUGGAGAUGGUAGCGACAUCCCGGGACAAGCGUCUCUGGUGUUUGAUGUUGUUCUGUUGGACCUUCAUAACCCCAGAGAUGGAAUCACAGUCACUAAUCAAGUCGUUCCCAAGUCCUGCACGAGGAAGACAGUGGUGGGGGACUUUGUGCGUUAUCACUAUAACGGCAGCCUCCUGGAUGGGACAUUUUUUGAUUCCAGUUACUCUCGUAAUCACACCUAUGACACGUAUGUGGGUCGAGGGUACGUGAUUGCCGGCAUGGACGAGGGCCUCAUUGGAGUUUGUAUUGGCGAGAGACGCACCAUUACCAUCCCACCACACCUCGCCUAUGGAGAGGAGGGCACGGGCUCUAAGAUCCCUGGUUCAGCCGUGCUUGUAUUUGAUGUUCAAAUGAUCGACUUUCACAACCCGUCAGAUAACACCGAGGUCACUGUCACCUACAAGCCAGAAGAGUGUGAUAAGCUGACCAAGAAGGGGGACUUCAUCAAAUAUCACUACAACGGCUCCCUGCUGGACGGGACGCUCAUCGACUCCACACACAGUUAUGGAAAGACAUAUAACAUUGUUCUGGGAGCCAACCAGGUGGUGCCAGGGAUGGAGGAUGGUUUGAUGGAAAUGUGUGUGGGAGAGAAAAGACAGCUUCUUAUUCCCCCUCACCUGGCCUAUGGAGAGAGAGGAGUCACCGACCAGGUUCCAGGAAGUGCAGUGAUGCUGUUUGAUGUCGAGUUGGUUGAGAUAGAGGAGGGACUUCCUGAGGGCUACAUGUUUAUUUGGAAUGAUGAGGUGCCCCCGGGCCUCUUUGCUGAGAUGGACAAGGACAACAAUGGAGAAGUGGAGCCCUCAGAGUUCACCGACUACAUCAUGCAGCAGGUGAACGACGGUAAAGGACGCCUGGCUCCUGGCUUUGACGCUUACCGUAUUAUAGACAACAUGUUUUCUAACCAAGACCGUAAUGGAGAUGGAAAGAUCACAGAAGAAGAGUUCAAACUCAAAGCAGAUGAAGCUUCUCAUGACGAGCUAUGAUGGGACUGAGUGGAGAGUAGAUCUGGGUGUUGGGGGAAGGGUCUGAAAGUUGGGAGGUGAUGGGAACUUUUAAGCUUGUAAGUUGAAGGGUACUUUGGAAUAAAAACGUUUAUUAGGAACUCUAUAUUAAUAGAUUUAGAUUUUAUUUUUAAUUGAGGACUAAAAUGAUGUUCAACCAGAGGAAUUACCAAAUGGGAAUGAAAAACAAGAGGAUUUAGCUAUAUACAGGAUUAAGAACAAAUGUGUUGAAAAGUUUGAUUUAAGGGCUAGCUAACUUUGUUACCUUCUUGUUUGUCUUUUUUGUAUUUAAUUUUGAUGGGCAUAAAAGCACUUCUGUAAAGAAGAGCUGCCUGAUACUUUAAUUCUCUCUGAACAUUCAACACUCCUAUUUUCAGAUUUUGUUUUCAGUUGAGUGAAACUUUUUUCUCCAUGUGUGUCAUACUUCUUCCACAAGCAAUGAGUUGGCCAAAACUCUCCAUAAUAUGAUACAAUGUGUUCUGUUCUGUGGUUUACAGCUAACAUUUCUCGAAUUUUCUGUUUGUGUUUUCUGCUGUUGAAAAUCCUCUACAUGAUACAUGUUUUUAUGGGUUUAAACUCACUUAGUUUGUUUUGGUCAUUGGUUGCUUCUGUUUUUCACUAAAUGUCAUUUUGUGUUUAGGUUUUAUUGUGUAAAAGUGAAAUUUGUGUGGGUGUGUUUGUGUGAGAAAAAUGCGUGUCUGUGUUUGAUUCAGCAGAAGAAUAUGGUUUGAUGGCAACUGUGUCAGCUCUUUUCAAUAAAUGAUCUGACUUUAACAGCUA